AUGCCCCCAACUGUUCAAGAUCUGAUAUGGAAUGAUUUAAUUGCAGAUCCUUUUACAGUUGAAAAGGAUGGCUAGAAUUACAAUUUUAAUGCAUUUGCUAAUACUUAAACUUUUAAUCUAAGCUUAGCAAACGAAGGAAAUUCAGUUACUUUUGAAAUUCAAAUAAGGAUUUAAUUAGGAUCUUCUUCCUACAAAAACUGUACUCAUGUAUUCAGUGUAACAAUUGAUGACACUCUAUGUUUGAAUGCUGAUUUGACACCAAGCACAUUCAAUGAACAAGUUAGCUAAUACACAAUAGGAGAUUCAGCAAUAAUUUUGACUUUUAAUUAAUGGAAUGAUGAAUUAUUUAAAUGCGGAGCAUAUGAAUAUACUAUGGACUACAGCAAUACCUUCAUUUCAGACAAUUUUGUUAAAGCUGAUCUCACAGAAAGCAUUAAUGAAUUUCAACUCCAAUAAUCUACUUUGAACUAGACACCAGAUAUAAUCUGCCCCUAAAAUAUAGAGUACUUAGUAAGAGCUAUUUUUUCUCCUUUCCUGCCAUCUUACAUUAAUUUGAUUCGGAAUUCAGACUCUACUUACAAGAUCUAAGUUUAAUCAAAUAAUACUAGUUCAAUGGGAGAGUAUGAUUUUAAAUACACUGCAAAAUAUAUGAAUCAAACGGUUUCCUAUAUAUUAACUCUAUAAAUCAAAGAAAAAAUUACUUGUGAUGGCAUAUAUGCGCCUUAAAUUGAAGAUUAUACUUACAAAAUAGGUAGCGGAUAAAAAAUAUUUAAACAUGAAGCUUUCCACACUUUGCCGAUACCUAAUGUUUGCACUAACUUAACAAUUAUAGGAUUUGUAAAUGAAAGCCUAACAUUUCCAUAAUUUAUUCAUUACAACCCUUAGUUUCAGUAAAUUUCUGUAAUUUCACAAGAUAUCAAAGAUGAAGGGGAAUAUUUAAUUACAAUUAGAGGAUACGCUUCAGAUUACAAUUUGAACUCUACAUUCAUUUUGAUAAUGCUCAAUCCCUGUAAGAAUGCUAUCAUCAAACCAUCUAAAAUAGAUGAUGUUCUUUAUAUAAUUGGCUCUGGAGAGAUGCAAGUAGCAUUUGCCUCUUGGAAAUCUACAAAAAUAUUUUGCAAUCAUUUUACCUAUGAAGCCCUUAUUGAAGAAAAAUCUUUGCCUGUAGCAAAUAUAGUUGAUUUUGAUUCUAAUAGUAGAACAUUCAAAAUCAGAGUUGAAGAUAGUAAAUUAAAUGGUAAACAUUACGUGAUAAAAGUUAUUGGAAGAUCUUACUAUGGGCUUCAAAGUAUAGAAUUCUUAUUGAAGCUUAGAAAAAAUAUAGUCUAGGUAAGUUAAGUGGAUAUUUUGGAAGGAAAGAUAAUUGAUCUCUCUAAACUUAAAAAUGACCUGUCAGCUUCAAUUAGAUAAAUUUCUAUGGAUGGAUAAGUUUAAUUAAAAUUCUCCAAGGAUAUGCUGAACUUUAAUGAUACAAAUGUUUUACAUGAUAAUAAGACACUAAUUAUAAGAAUUGAUUAAAAUGAUAAUAUAACUAUAAUUAACAAUUGGAAGUUAUCACUUCCGACUAAUAUAACAAUAAUGUGCAAAGCCCUUAUAGAUAUUGCUAAUCUUAAUUUUAUUCCAAAGGACACAAUUAAUGAGUACGUGAGAGAAUUUUUAUUUGAGACCAAAGCUACCAAUAUUGGUUUGCUGAAUGCAAAUGGUGAUGAUGUUUUAAAUACCAUAGUUGCCAUUAUUAUGUUUCUUAGUUUGCUUGUGAUUCCUUUCAUUAUAUUAAACUUCUUAAGAAAGCAUCUUUGUAAAAAUAAAACUGAAUUUAUUUCAAAUAUUAGAUGA